AUGGUCUCAUGUGGCUCAGGGGUUGGAGUCAACUGGGGAACCAUGGCUACUCACAAACUUCCACCAAAUAAGGUGGUCAGAAUGCUUCAAGAAAACGGUGUUGAUAAACUGAAGCUGUUUGAUGCAGAAGAGUGGAUUAUGGCGGCUUUGAUGGGGACUGAUAUUGAAGUAAUGCUGGCAAUACCCAACAACAUGUUAGAGGAUAUAAGUAAGAAUCCUCAGGUUGCAGAUUCUUGGGUUUAUGAAAAUGUCACUUCUUACAUGUACGCUGGUGGACUAAAUAUCAAGUAUAUUGCAGUGGGUAACGAACCUUUCCUUAAGGAAUACAAUGGCUCCUAUCUACAGACAACGCUGCCUGCUCUUAAGAACAUACAAACAGCUCUCAAUAGUUGGGGGUUUGGUUCACAGAUCAAAGUCACUGUUCCCUUCAAUGCUGAUGCUUACUAUUCCCCUGACUCAAACCAAGUGCCAUCAGCUGGUGACUUCAGGCCUGAAGUACGAGACCAGACCAUUGAAAUAGUCCAAUUCUUAUAUGAAAACAAUGCACCCUUCACUGUCAAUAUCUACCCUUUCCUCAGUCUUUAUGGAAAUGAUCAUUUCCCUUUUGAUUUUGCAUUUUUUGAUGGAAAUAACAGGCCUCUCAUAGACGGUAAUUCAGUUUACACCAAUGUGUUUGAUGCAAAUUUGGACACUCUUCUCUGGGCCUUAGAGAAGGCAGGGUUUCCAGACAUGGAUGUUAUAGUUGGAGAAGUUGGGUGGCCAACUGAUGGUGAUAAGAAUGCCAAUGUCCAGAAUGCAAAAAGGUUCAACAUGGGUUUGCUUAAGCAUGUCCAGAGUGGAAAUGGUACUCCUAAAAGGAAAGGCAUGAUUGACAUUUAUCUAUUCAGCCUGAUUGAUGAGAAUGCUAAAAGUAUUGCUCCUGGCAACUUUGAGAGGCACUGGGGGAUUUUUGAGUAUGAUGGCAAGCCAAAGUAUGAAUUGGACUUGGCAGGACUUGAACAGAAUAAGGGUUUGGUCCCAGUUGAGGGUGUAAAAUACAUGGAAAAACGGUGGUGUAUCUUGGAUCCAGAUGUGAAGGAUCUACACUUAUUGGCUGUUAGCAUUGACUAUGCUUGUAGCCAAUCAGAUUGCACUGCUUUGGGGUAUGGUUCUUCAUGUAACACUCUAACUCUCCUAGGGAAUGCUUCUUAUGCCUUUAAUAUGUAUUAUCAAGUAAACAACCAAAAGGAUUGGGACUGUGAUUUCACUGGUUUGGCUACAGUAACAGAUGAUGAUCCAUCAGAAAAGGGUUGUCAGUUCCCUAUAAUGAUCUCUUGUGCCUCUUCUUUACUGCGGCUUGGAAGGUUAACAAAUCUCCUCAUGAAAGCUUGGAGUCUAUAUAUAUUUGUAAUCUUGCUAUAG